CGCUUCGGCGUUUUCUUUUUUUUUUGUUUAUAUGUCUCUCGCUCUAUAUUAAAACUGUGUGGUGUGUAUAAAAUUCAUGGUGCGACAAUUAUUUCGGAUCUAUUCAAUUUACAUAAGUGAAGUGAGUCAAUUGCAGCGAUGUCGAAGAAAAAAGAUUUCGAAGAGCAGCUAUUGGAAGCCAAUACGGCAUUGAGACGAAGUCGAAAAAUGAAAAAGAGUCGUCGAGAUAAGAGUGAUAGUGGCAGUAAUAAGCAUACGGAUUCGUUGCUUGCGACCGAUUCAUCGAUUGAUGGUACUAAUGAUGCGGUCGAUGUGGAAGAGGAUUUAUGUGUGGUUGAGGUGCCAACAUCUGCAUCCGAACACAAUCAAAGUGUAAGCGAUUCGAGUUUUGUGGAAAUGUCAGCGGCUGAAAAACUAAAAUCACAAUCAAAUAAAUCGAAUGCCGUUCCAACGUCAAUUGGUGCGGCAACGACACGACCAAAUAAAAAACGGCGAACACGUCGCGGUAGUGGGACAUCAAGUGAGGAGGAACGAUGGCUUGAUGCCAUUGAAUCAGGGAAAUUGGAGCAAGUUGAUGACGAAUUGAAGAAAAUCAAAGAUCCAAAAUUAAUGACCGCACGGCAACGUGCCAUGUACGAGCGUAGCAUUGAGAAAGAUCCAUCGCCCGGUGGUGACAAUUUGAUGGCACUGCCAACUGGCUACAAAGAAAAAGUGAUGACUGCCGAAGCCCUCGAAAAAGCCCAAUUGAAAUCACAGAAACGAAAACAACUGGCCGACGAGAAACGUGAGAAAGACAAACGCAAAACCAUGGAUCGACUACUGAAGAAACAAGAGACAAAAUCGACCAAAAUGGCAAAGAAUAAAAUGGUCAAAGUGAUCGUUCCAGUUAUAUCAUACAAUCAGUCCAUUGAACACGGUGCAUCACUAUCGUAUCCAACCAAUUUUGAGUUUCCAAUGCAGGCACAAGUUGCACAACUGCCACCAUCAAUCGUUUUAUGUGCCAUUUGCAAUGAUACUCGAAAACGAUACAAUUGCUCCAAAACAAACGUUCCACUGUGCAGCUUCAAAUGCUAUAAAUCCAAUCAAAGGCGCCAAGAAAUCACACGCUAGCACAUUGAUCGCAGUGAGAGAGCGAGAGAGCGAGAGACAGACAGAGCAGAGAGUGAGAAAGAGAGAAAGUGAGAUAAACAGAGAAAGGGACAUAGCUCCCUUCAUUGCAGAGAGACCUCAACAGCCAUUCGUUGAGCGGUGUAAAAAUUAUUUUUUUAAGUAGAUUUAUUUGGAGCAGAACAAAAUUUCGGAUAGUCAUAAGUAGCGAACAAUAGAACAGGGAAGAAACAUUAGCUUGACUCAAAAAUGCUAUUUCGUUUUUUUUUUUUUAACUCAUUCUUAGUCUUUCAUCUUUAUAAUAAUUAUUAUAUUUUAUUGGUUAGGAUUUUUAAUAUUCUAUUUGUUUCCAUUUUAAUUUACAAAACAUUAUGAAUAUAUAUAAUACCUAUUAAAGUAGUUCUUUUUUGACAUAAAA